CGCCGCGGCCCGUCCGGCCCUCCCGCCGCCCGUCCCUCGUCCAUCAGUGCGCCCGCCGGGCUGGCCGGCCGCGGGAAGGGGCCGCGGCGCGGGCCGAGGGCUCCGGAGUCGGCGGGCGCUGGCCGGGAUCGCGUUAGAGGAAGCGCGGGUGGAGACGAGUCUGGGCUCGGGCGGGAGGCACAGCCCGGGGCAGGCGGCGGGGCCGAGCCGGGUCGGGGAAGCCGUCGGGGGGGCCCCGAGGUGCCCCGGGAUGAGGGAGACGGGCGAGCCUCGCAGGCCACGCGGGGGGGCUGAGGUGGAGGGGGCAGGGGGCCGCGGCGCGCCCUUCCGCCCAGCCCUGGCCCCGGUGGGCAUCUCCCCUCCCCAGAAGCCAGGGCAGAAAGCCCCUCCACCCUCGUUCGUCCGCUCCGGACCCCCCUCCGCCCAGCCCAAGCCCUCCCUCCCCCCACCAGCCAGCAGCCCCGAACCUGACACAGUGUCAGCAGCAGAUGUCAGUGCCCACCCCAGACUUCAUCCCAGGACCCCGGAGGGUGCUGAGGGGCUGCAGUUCUCCACCCUGGAAUCUGCCCGGGGCGCACUUCCCUGCUCACCGGCGAGAAGGGCCCUGACUGCUGACUGCAUCUGCCUGCCGCCACCUGGGUUUGUCUGGAGCUGCUGGGACUGUCCUGGGAUCCAGUUCGCUUGCCCCCCUGAGGCCGGAGAGAUGCUCCCGCUGGCCAGAGCCCUCGCCUCCCCCAGGAGUCCCCAGACCCCAGCCCUGAGGGAGCAGGACAGGGCCCCUCAGCUGGCCGGCCCUGGGGAUACCGAGGCCUGGCGCCUGCGUUUCCGACAGUUCCAGUACCGCGUGGCAGGAGGGCCACACCGCGCGCUGGGCCAGCUCUGGAUGCUGUGCCGCCAGUGGCUGCGGCCCGAGGCGCACUCCAAGGAGCAGAUGCUGGAGCUGCUGGUGCUGGAGCAGUUCCUGGGUGCGCUGCCCAGCAAGAUGAGGACCUGGGUGCAGUCGCAGGGCCCUCGCACCUGCAGGGAGGCCGCUAGCCUGGUGGAGGACCUCACACAGAUGUCGCAGCAGGAAGUUCUGGUAUCUCUCACCGACCACCAGGACGGGAGCAUCAGCGAGGAGGAAGACGGGAAGAACCAGAAAGACCCAUGCCAGGUGAGCCCAGGGCCCCUGGCUCCAUGCUCCUACAUUCCCAGGGCACCACGAGCAUCAGCAUCGGAGCUGGGGCUCCCCCAGGAGGGCGAGUGGCUGCAGCCUGCCCAGCCCCAGCGGAGUCCCCACACCAGGGCGGGGGCCGAGGCAUCCUGCACCCUGGGCUCACUCGGUGAGUGUUUGGGUCCUAUAGCAAUCCUGAGGACUGGGGCCUGGCAAGGGUUAGACUUUGCUGAUGGCAGUGUUGGGGGUGGGGGGGAGCUUUGCAUGAGGUCCCUUCAGCAGCCUGCCCAGGUGAGGACAAGGGGGCCCCGGGGCUGUGGGAUCUGCCCCCAACCCCACGUGCCCCUUUAUCUUAAGAGAGGGAAAGAUGGAGAACAAGAAAGCUCUACUGAGUACCAGCAGCUGGCUGCCUGCCCUUCUCUGCAGCCCUUGGGGGGGCAGGGGCGGGGAGGCAGUGUGGCCUCCAGCCUCUGUCCCUUCACUAACAACCCUUUUCCCUUACCCUCCCCAGGCCUGGGCUGCUUGCCUGUGAAGCCUAGUGUCUGGGAUGAGCCUCCCUGUGGGCAGGUCCGGGACAGAGCCCUGGAAAACAGGCACUGUCUCCCCAGGCUGGCCCAGGACACUCCCCAGGCCGAAGGGAGUGCCUGGCAGGCAGGGGCUGCCCCCAGGGACACUAUGCUUCAGGGCACUGGGGGCCAAGGGCCUGCUCCAGAGAAGCCCCUGCACCCGCGCCCUCAGCCCAGCCUGGUUGCAGACCUCACCCUCCCAAGUGCUCAGAGCAGUAGUCCCCAAAAGGGACUUGGGGACCGUGAUGCCAGCAGCACCCACCUGCCCUUACUCAAAGACACCAAAGCCUCCCCCGAAGAGUCAGGGCGACCGGCUGUUGCCCCCUCCUCCGGGAGCUCAGCGGCGCCGCCAGUCCCUCCAGGGACGCGGCCCUUCGCGUGCGCCGAAUGCGGGGAGGUCUUCACCUGGGUCACCCACUUCAUGGAGCACCAAAAGCGCCACCUGGAAGAGGGGCCCUUCUCGUGUCCCGAGUGCGGCAAAACCUUCCUGCACGCCUCUGUCCUGGGGGAGCAUCGGAAGAUCCACCUGCUGGAGCCGCUGCCCAAGAGGCCCCGCCGGAGCGGGGGCGAGGAGCCAGGAGAGGCCGACCCCCAGGAAGCGGCAGGGCAGGCCCAGGACUCGGAUGGAGGCCGGCGCGGUGAGCCCUCCGGCCGCGGGGAGCCCUCGGGUCUCGGGGAGCCCUCCGGCCGCGGGGAGCCAUCCGGUCUCGAGGAGCCCUCCGGUCUCGGGGAGCCCUCCGCCCGCGGGGAGCCUUCCGGCCGCCGGGAGCCUUCGGGCCGCCGCGAGCCCUCAGGCCGCCGCGAGCCCUCGGGCCGCCGCGAGCCCUCCGGUCGCGAGCGGCCCUUCGAGUGCGGCGUCUGCGGGAAGGCCUUCCCCUGGAUGGUCCACCUCCUCGACCACCAGAAGCUGCACGCCACGCAGUGAGCGGACGUGCGUCCCGGGUGACAGCGACCCCCCGGCGGGCUCGUCCCGCGGGGCGACCCGGGACCCACCGCGUCCCCCCCCCCCCCCGGUGACAGCGACCCUCGGUGGGCUCAUCCUGCGGGGCGACCCGGGACCCGCUUCCCUGCCGCCGUGUCCCCCGGAUGACAGCGACCCUCGCGGACUCGUCCUGCGGGGCGACCCGGGACCCGCCGCGUCUCUGGGUGUCGCCGCGCCUGCCUCUUACCCCGAGUGACAGCGACCUUCGGCGGACUCGUCCUGCGGGGCGACCCGGGAGCCGCCGCCCCGUUCUCCAGGUAACAGCGACCUUCGGCGGACACAUACUGCGGGGCGACCCCAGAACCGGGCGCGCCUGCCGCUUACCCCGAGUGACAGCAAUCACCGAAGGGCUAGUCCUGCGGAGCGACCCGGGACCCGCCACCCCCGCCGCCGCGUUCCCCGGGUGACAGCGACCCCUGGCGGACUCGUCCUGCAGGCGACUCGGGACACGCCACGUCUCUGGGUGUCGCCGCGCCUGCCGCUUACCCCGAGUGACAGCGACCCACGAAGGGCUCGUCCUGCGGGGCGACCCGGAACCUACCGCGUCUCCCGGGUGUCGCUGCGCCUGCCGCUUACCCCGGGUGACAACGAACCUCUGCGAACUCGUCCAGCGGAGUGACCUGGGACCCGCCAUCCCCGCCGCCGCGUCCCCCGGGUGACAGCGACCCCUGGCGGACUCAUCCUGCAGGCAACCCAGGAACCACCGCGUGUCUGGGUGUCGCCGCGCCUGCCCCGUUCCCCGGGUGACAGCGACCCCGGGUGUUCGUCCUGCGGGGUGACCUGGGACCCACCGCGUCUCCCGGGUGUCGCCGCGCCUACCGCUUACCCCGGGUGACAGCGACCCUCUGCGAACUCGUCCAGCGGAGGGACCUGGGACCCGCCAUCCCCGCCGCCGCGUCCCCCGGGUGACAGCGACCCCUGGCGGACGCGUCCAGCAGGCAACCCAGGACCCGCCGCAUCUCUGGGUGUCGCCGCGCCUGCCCCGUUCCCCAGGUGACAGUGGCCCCCGGGUGUUCGUCCUGCGGGACGACCCGGGACCCACCGCAUCCCCCGGGCGUCCCCGCACCUGCCGCUUAACCCGAGUGACAGCGACCCACGAAGGGCUCGUCCUGUGGGGCGACCCGCGACCCACCGCGUCUCCCGGGUGUCGCCGCGCCUGCCGCUUACCCUGGGUGACAACGACCCUCUGCGAACUAGUCCAGCGGAGCGACCCAGUACCUGCCACCCCCGCCGCCGCAUCCCUCGGGUAACAGCGACCUCCGGUGGACUCGUCCUACAGGUCACCCGGGACCCGCCGCGUCUCUGGGUGUUGCCGCGCCUGCCGCUUACCCCAGGUGACAGUGACCCCCCCCCCGGGGGGCUCGUCCUGUGGGACGACAGGACACCCACCUUAUCUCCCGGGUGUCGCCGCGCCUACCGCUUACCUAACCGAAUGACAGCGACCACCGAAGGGCUCGUCUAGCUGAACAACCUGGGACCAGCCACCCCCGCCACCUCGUUCCCCGGGCGACAGCGACCCCUGGCGGACUCAUCCUGCAGGCGACCCGGGACCCGCCGCUUGUCUGGGUGUCGCCACGCCUGCCGCGUUCCUUGGGCGACAGCGACCCCCAGCGCCGCGCUCAGCUGGGCAGUCCGCCGUCUGUGUUCCGCAGGCGACAGAAGAGGAGCUUCGCCAGCGCCAGUUCCAGAAGCUUUUCCGGGGGGCGCCCUUCACCUGCCGGGCCUCCUGCACUCCCGGGAAGGCCACCUCCUGCCCUCACAGACCCUGGG